UCAGAUGAAGAGACGAAAACGCAUUCGAGUUUUGUUUUUCUCCGUCAUCGAAUGUGAAUCGAAGAAAAAAAAGUGUCCGACGAGAUAGUAGUGAAAUUUUUCCUAAUUUUCCAUCUGUAAAACCGAAAAAUUGUGAUGCAUACUUUCACCGAAACGGGGGCGGGCGUUCCGGCCUUCCUGGCGAAGCUCUGGAGACUGGUGGAAGAUCCCGAAACGAACGAUUUGAUCUCCUGGAGUACGGAUGGGAGAAGCUUCAUCAUACAGAACCAGGCACAGUUUGCCAAGGAAUUACUACCACUUAAUUACAAACACAACAAUAUGGCAAGCUUCAUACGACAAUUAAAUAUGUAUGGGUUCCACAAAAUAACGUCCAUAGACAAUGGUGGCCUACGGUUUGACAAGGAUGAAAUGGAAUUCACUCAUCCCUGCUUUCAAAAAGAUCAUCCUUAUCUUUUGGAACAUAUCAAGCGAAAAAUAGCAAACUCGAAGCAACAACAGCAGGACGAUAAAAGUGGUCUCAAGGUGGAGGCUAUGAACCGUGUAUUGACGGAGAUGAAGCAAAUGCGAGGCCGGCAGGAGUCUUUGGAUACGCGCUUCUCCUCUAUGAAGCAGGAAAAUGAAGCCUUGUGGAGAGAAAUUGCAAUUCUCCGGCAGAAACACUUGAAGCAACAACAGAUUGUGAAUAAGUUAAUCCAAUUCUUGGUUACUAUUGUACAACCAUCUCGAAGUGGGCUUGGCUCGAUGGGCAACGGAAACAACAAACGCCGAUUCCAGCUUAUGAUCAAUGAUGCACCUGAAUCAAAACACAAGAAAACCGAGGGUAGCGAAGGUGCCUCCAUACAGGAAUUAGGUGAAGCUCUCGAGGCGUAUGGAAAUGAACAGGAGUUGCUGUCGCAGGAUAAGAGUAAGAAAGUAAAACUCACAACUAGUGGUAGCAUUAAAAAGGAAAAAUCGCAAAAAACGAAGAGUUCUGACAGGGCAUCCGAAAUACCUGAAGUAACGUCACCAAUAUCUAUGACGCAACAGUCGCCGUAUCACAGCGCCAAUGAAAUUAUAGAAGAGGCGCAGUACAGUCCACAGUUUGCCACAGGUAAUAUCAAACAGGAAGCUUUUGAUCUAUCAUCAGGCGUUACAGAUCACUCAGAGCAGAUAGUCAGUGAUGUUGUUGAAGAUGAUCAGAUCGAUGGCGAGUAUGACGAUGAAGGAUAUCUUGUUGAUCAUGUUGACGAGAUCAAUCCAAACACUAUGCAGUUUUUCGAUGACUCAGAUAUGCUAAACACUCCAAUGGUCAUCAAAGAAAUGCAAAAGCAGGAACAACUCAAACAAGAGCAACAGCCCAUGAUACAACAAAAAGCGACCAAUAAAGGAGAAAGUUUGCUCAAGAACAGAAAAAGUAGCGUUACAAACAAGGAUCAAAAAAGUCUGCUGAAUAGCAACAAAAUAGCGUAUUCCGCACUUCCGGGUAGUAGUGCUACUGUUGUCAAAUCCGGUAAAAAUAUGAUUUCCCCUGGAAAGCAAGUGUCUAUGAAUAAACCUGUGACCAUAAACGCCGGUCCUUCGGGAACAAAUAAUUUUGUUCCCAGUGCAAAACCAUCCACCUCAAUGGCCUAUGGAGUCGAAGAUUUCAAUGUUGGAGAAGUUCCAACAGAUAUAUUCGAUGAUGACAGCAACGUCCAAAAGGAAUCUCCAAUGAUAGGGGGCUUCAACUUCGAAAGCGGAUUUUAUAACCCUAACGUUAACAUUAACGAAAUGAAAGGAAAACAGUUGCUACAACCUGCACAACCACAACUUCAGCAACAGCAACAAAAUCUUCAAGCGAAUGUCUCGAACCAAGCAGCUGGAACGGAUGAGCAUGAUGAGUCAUCAAAUACUGGUGCAAUGGCUAAAUUUAUCAGUAACAAUGCAGAUUUGAACAGGCUCAGUUCAUUGACGGAUUACGGUCAACACAUUGAUACCGUCCAAACAGAUUUGGAUUCUCUGAAAGAUCUUCUCAAAGGAGAUAACUAUCAAUUUGAUGCUAAUACCUUACUUGGGGCGGCUGGUGGAAGUGGACCACAGUAUGGCAGAGUAUAUUUUGCACCAGCCUCAUUCGAAACCGACGCUUUAAAUAAGCUUUUUAGUUCUAAUGACGAUAUUAUGGGAAUGGACUUUCCCAUGAACUUGCCUGAUAUGGCAGAUUCGCAGCGAAAGGCUGUCGAUGGUACGAUUGCAGCACCUGUCACUAACAGUAAUGAAACCAAUAACCCAUCGGGAAUGUCUGUAACGACGUUGAAGAAAUUUGGUUGAUAGUGGUUCUUGUUGUUAUUUGGUUGUUGUACAAUAUUAGCAGGGAAACUCUGAUGAUGAUCAUGAUGUGUGUUAUCUAUCUGAGUGGGAAAACCGCAGAUGUUGUGGCUGCUGAAUAAAGUAUCAGGUAUCUAUAAGUACAGUUGUCCUUAUUUAAUUACGGUGAUUCUACUGAAAAACGCGUUGUAUGGAAACAUAAUAUGUAUUAUGCCAGUCAUUGUUAUAUAGGCGUGUUUCAUACUAUUGAGAUUGUGUUCGUGUGUCAAAGGUUAUGUUUUAAGAAUGUAUGAGUGUGUGUAUGUGUGUAAGAUUUGUAAGAAUGUUAAAAAUACUCUAAAAAUUGAAAUAGGUGAAAAUUGGAAAACUUUUCUUGGUUUCUCAAUUAUAACAUUAUCAACUUCUCUAAACAUUUCGAAUCAAAUAGACUAUCCGUACUUUGAGCUUUGCCAUAAUAGUCUGGCAGGUGUAUGAGAAGUAGAUAAAGUUAUGAUUCAAUAAUAUGUCCAAUUCGUUUUCAAAUCUGGGUUAAAUCAAUUGUAAUCCGAAUUCAUAACCCUUAUGCGGUUCCGGUCUUUUUUAUUUGGAUACGUCAACCCAGGUUUUGAAGCGAAAGCACUUAAUUUCAUAAUGAAGUUCUCCCAAAUGAUAACAUUCUUACUUACAGGCCACGUGUCACCAAGCCCGACUGGGUCAUCAAAUCAAUUAAUGGCAUACAAGACCAGUUUGGGAAACAAUAAUGCUUGCGAUUAUAUUGAUUUGAACGAAUUGUUGAAUUUGGAUGGCAGUAAUGAGGGGCAGUCGACAUUGAACUAAUUUGCUAACUCAUACCUGUUCUUUGUUUUGUUAUGGAUUUUCUGUCCCAUAAAUUGAUUCGUCGUCAAGAAUACGUUCAAAGAGGAAUACACUACCAAAGCAUUUUAUGCAGCGAUUUCUGCACAACGAUUAUAUCACGGCUGAAUUUGUGGAACAGGUUAUCCAACAUGCAUAUUUUAUUGUUUUUUUUUUUACACACAUGUAUAACAACUUAUCAAAAAUAUUUUUAUUAAAAUAAACAUGUAUAUGUCCGAAUGUUUAAAUAAGUGAUCUGGAUAAAAAGGUAAAAGGUUCAUAUAAACGAAUAAAACGAAGGAUAUCGGAAUCAAACUUUGCGUAGUAUGUAAUAAAAAAUGUAAAUUGAUUGUUUGAAUUUUCAAAAAAGAAUGACACUCGUAGUUACCUUAUCUUUCUAUACAGUGAAUGUAUUCCACACUACGAAGACAGUUUAGGCUAGGUUCAAAAAAUGUAGAGACAAUAUAAAAGUUAAAACAUCAACUAAAAGUUGUACCUGACACUCGUUACAGCACAUCAGAGAAGAUGCAUCAGUUUUGUUCAAUUGACCUAGCUUCUUAGGAAUCUAAUUCAAACAAAAUGCAUUUAUCUUUAUUGCUGAACGUUUAGAGCUCUUGCAUUGUUUGCAAAACACGUGGAACAUUCACUUACUAUAACGAAUCAGGUAUAAAAACCUGAACAUUUGUACGCCUUAAAAUACACGCAUAUGAUAGGUUUGCUAACGAGCAA